AAUUAAAAUAUAUUUUAUGUUUUCUUGUUUUACAGAACUAAACACUAACACGGAAACAGAAACCCCGAAAUUGAAACACAGAAGUCAUCAAAUUCAAUUCAAUUUCUCAAUCUUUUGUCUCUUUUUUACUCCAAAACCCAUAAAUCCUAAUCCUCUCUCUUUCUCUGUUUCUGUCUCUUGAUGGAGGAUUAUCCGCAAUCUUCCAUCACGAGCAGAUAUACAAUCUUGCAAACCCUAUCCCUUUUUUCUCAUCAUCAAAAACCUUAAUCUCUCAAUUCCCCCAAAGUUUCAAGCUCUAUACCACUGAAUUCAGCUUUAAUUUCUACUAACAAGAGCGAUUAUUCUCUAAAGAUGUUUGCUUGGAACUUGGCGAAAUCGGCGGAGGCCGUGUUUUCACGCUGGGCUAUGAAGCGGCUCUUCAAGUUCCUAUUGAAGAAGAAAUUAGGGCAAUUCAUAUUGGGUGACAUUGACCUUGACCAGCUUGAUAUUCAGCUGAGGCAAGGAACUAUCCAGCUUAAUGAUCUUGCCCUUAAUGUUGAUUAUCUUAAUGAUAAGUUUGAUGCAACUACACCAUUGGUUAUAAAGGAAGGAUCAAUUGGCUCUUUAUCAGUUAAAAUGCCUUGGAAGGGUAAAGGGUUCCAGGUUGAGGUGGAUGAGCUUGAGCUUGUGUUUUCGCUUGCAGCUUGUUCGACCAAUAAAACACCGGCUGGAGAUAAAAAUAGUGGUCUAAAUCGAGAUAGUGAUUCUUGUGUACAAAAUGAUGGUGGAAAUCAUGGGUAUUAUAUGAUGGAUGGUGCUGCAAAAUCAAGUAUUGGUGAUGUACAUGAAGGUGUUAAGACAAUUGCAAAGAUGGUUAAAUGGUUUCUGACAAGCUUCCAUGUAAAUGUAAAAAGUUUAAUUGUUGCAUUUGAACCGUAUUCAGCGGAUCAGAAGAAGUUUCAGAAUCAGAAAAUAUUGGUGCUUCGAAUAUCUGAAACAGAAUGCGGAACUUGUGUUUAUGACGAUGAUAAAUCAUAUUCUGAUUCAAGAGUUGAGAGCUUUCUAGGAAUAAGUCAUUUAACAAACUUUAUCACAUUUCAAGGAGCAGUGCUUGAACUGCUUCAGAUGGAUGACGUUGACAAACAAACUUCCUCUUCUUGUCCACUAGGUUCAAGUUUUAGUGAGUUGUUUUCAGGGCACUGUCUACGAGAUGCUACAUCUCCGAUUAUGACUGGGGGUAAAGAUGGAUUUUCAGGGAAUUUAAAGUUAAGUAUCCCAUGGAAGAAUGGUUCUUUAGACAUUCGCAAAGUGGAUGCGCAUGUUUCUAUUGAGCCUAUGGAGUUGAGAUUUCAACCCAGUACAAUUAAGUGGUUGUUACUUUUAUGGGAAACUUACAAGGCUUUGGAUGAGGAGAUGCAUAACAAGUCAACAGACUCUAUUGACUUGAACUUAUCCUCUCAUCUCUAUUCAUCAACUUUCAUGAGUACUAAGGUUGCUACAGAUAAGGUGAUCCCCGUUCAUGGUAGUUUUUUCUCUGCUUUUUCUUCUUUGACUGGGCAAGAGUCGACAAGUGAAGCUAUGCUACCUGGACCACAUCUUAUACCUAACUGGGUCCCAAAUUCUGUCAAAGAAAAUAAUAAAGAUCUUAGCCAAGAAGAACUUGACCUUGGGACAAGUGUGGACCAGUUUUUUGAAUGCUUUGAUGGAAUGAGAAGUUCACAAUCAGCUUUGGGAAGCAGCGGAAUGUGGAACUGGACGUGUUCUGUUUUCAGUGCUUUAACUGCUGCAUCAAGCCUUGCAUCUGGAUCUUUGCAUAUUGAGGAGCAGCAUGUUCAAACUAACUUUGAAGCAACUUUGGCUGGAAUUUCUAUCAUGUUAUCUUUCCAAGAUGGUCAGGAUUAUCCGUACAAUCCAGAGGGUGAUCAAUUUACUAAUGGUUCAAAUGUCCAUUAUAUGGUUGCAGAAUGCAACGGCAUAUUUGUUGCUUUGCAGGUAUGUCCUCAAGAAAUGAGGUUUGAAGGAAAAGUGAAGUAUAUUGAGGUGUCUGAUUAUUCACUGAAUGAAAAUGAUGCUGUGAACUUCCACUUCAGGGAGUGUAGUAGUGAUAGCAAGAGUCCAACUAUUUCUGUUCAACAACUGCAAGGUGAAGUUCAAUGUGCUCUUCCUCCAUUUUCCUCAUCUUCCCAAGAUCCCAAGUCAAAUGAAUCAGGUGCUGAAAAUGCUUCAGAGUCCGUCUUUAGACAUAUGACCAAAAUCAAACUUCUCAGUACCUCAGGCAUGACUCAUUGCCAAUUUGCUAUAAAAUCUGAUUCUUUAGAUGGAAGUUUUACAGGGCCAGCAUCAUUUUCAUUGCAAUUACCACAUUUCUUACUGUGGUUGAACUUCUGGUCAAUUCAUGUGUUAUUAGAUCUUCUAAAGAACAUAGCUAGUCAUGUCAAAAUGAAUAGUCAAGGAAAAGAAUUUUCACAUGUCAAUCAGAAACAUGGAUCUUCUGUUGGAGCUGUGAAAAAGGAUCCAUCCACUGGUGUGGCAACAAUGUCUUCAAGAGAAACUCUGAAAGGUAAUAUAUCAAUACCUAAUGCGAGGGUCAUUCUGUGUUUCCCUUUUGGAACUAGUAAAGAUGGAAGCUACUUUUUCUGGGAUCAAUUUAUUGCUAUCGAUAUUACCCCGCCAUGGACUUCCAGAAAAGGAAAAGUUCAAGACUCUAAUUUAUGGUCAGAUGUCCAUCCUUGGAAGAGGUAUACUUCAAAGGCCACAAGAUCAUUACAUUUGAGUAUUGGUAAUGUAAAAGUUUAUGUUGUCAAUCGAACAUGUGAAAGUGAUGGUGGAACUGGUUCUGAAAGGCAGGCAUUUUAUGCUGAGAAUAUUUUAUCUGUCAGCAACAGAGCUGAUUGUCUUUCUACUGUUAGUAUGCUAUGGCAAGAGGGUUCUAUGACCAGUCCCUUGGUUGCUGAGAGAGCCAAGUCCUUGGCUACUUCUCUGGAAUCUGGGAGCAGGAAAAAAACCACAAUGCAAGGUUCUGAAUUUGCAUCUGUAGCUGCUAUGAAGGACCUGGAAGACACAACUUCUCGAAAUCAAGAAGAGAUUAUCUUGAGCUCUGCAUUUUUCCUGCAUAUUCAUCUAUUUCCUGUUACCAUCGAUCUUGGCAGUUCUCAGUAUGCUAAUUUGCAUAAUCUUUUAGAUCAGAUGGCUAAUGCAUUAUCACGAGCAGCUGGUGAGAAAGUGAAUACUGAGGAAGCAUCAUUUGUGUGUCAAACAUCAGUCCUUGUGGAAUGUGUUUCUGUAGAGAUUUUAAUUAGACCAGAUAUAAAAGAGGACAUAAAUGGUCCAUUGCAGAAUGAACUUCCUGGAUCCUGGCAUUGUUUAAAGUUGAAAGUUCAGAAGCUUGAUUUGUUGUCUGUCUCAAAUAUUGGAGGCAUUGAAGGUGCCAAUUUCUUUUGGCUAGUCCAUGGAGAAGGCAAGUUGUGGGGUUCCGUCACUGGGGUUCCAGAUCAGGAAUUUCUUCUGAUUUCUUGUAGCAACACCACAAGGAAACGUGGUGAUGGUGGAGGUUCAAAUGCGCUAUCUGCUAGGUUGGCUGGUUCUGAUGUUGUUCACCUAUGGGAUCCAAAUAGCUUCCAUGAAUUUACAUCUAUUACUGUCAGAUGUGGCACGAUUGUCGCUGUUGGUGGUCGCUUGGAUUGGUUGGACUCAAUAUGUUCCUUUUUCACCUUGCCGUCUCAUGAAGUCGAGAAAGCGGGUGACAAUUUGCCAAAAGGGAAUUUAAAUGCACCUUGUGGAACUACUUUCGUUAUUAAGUUGGUUGAUAUUGGUUUAAGCUAUGAGCCCUAUUGGAAGAAUUUGGUGAUUACCAAUCUCCAUCCUGAGUCCAGUUCCUCAUAUCACAAAGAAGAAAAAACUGAGCAGCAUGUUGCUUGUCUGUUAGCUGCAUCCUCCUUGACUUUUUUGAGUACAACUAGAGAAGAUUUUACGGCUAAUGAUUACAAAAUUAGAGUGCAAGAUAUAGGGUUCCUUCUUUGUUCAGCAUUUGAGAGUCUCGGUGGCAAUUACAGUGUAGAAUAUCUUCGUGAGAUGGGUUAUGUUAAGGUUGCUCGGGAGGCACUUGUUGAAGCAAUUUUGAGAACAGACUGUAGAAGUGGUCUUCCCUGGGAGUUAGAAUGUUCAGAGUCUCACAUUUAUGUUGAAACUUGCCAUGACACUACUUCUGGUUUGAUACUGUUGGCUGCUCAACUCCAGCCACUGUUUGCUCCUGAUUUGGAGGAAUCAUAUGCGCAUCUACAGGCUCGGUGGGAUAAUGUACAUCAGGCCAGAGAGAGUAAUGAACUCAAUGAUGAUGGUAGAUCUCCCACUUAUAAUCCUUCUUUGUCAACUUCUCAAGUGCAAGCUUCUGGUGUAGAUACAAAUAAUAAACUUGGGAGUGUUGGUUUGAUGGAUGAAAUAUGUGAUGAUGCUUUUUGUUUGGAUGGGAAUGAGGAUUGCCAAUUCGAUUCUAUUGAAUCACGAGUUUGGAUUUCAUCUGAUGAAAGCCCCCUUGGAGAGGCUUGCUGCUUGAAUAUUGGAACUCCUGAGAUUGUCUCCGAGGAUUUAUUUUGUGAUGGAUCAGUGCCUCCAAUAGGAUUGGAGGGUAGUCAAACCUCAUAUUUACAGAAUGGUACCUUGCCAGAACUCAUAGAAGGCUAUUGCUUGUCUGACUUACGCCCCUUAUCGGAAUUAUCAUUGGGCAGGCAAUCACCAUCUGAGAUUCUUAAAUGCCAUUCCAGAAAUUUUGGGGAUGCAGAACUUGGAAGAGGAAAUAGUGGAUGGUAUGGGGAUGCCUCUUUAAGCGUUGUUGAAAAUCAUAUUUCUGAAGCAAGUCAGGAGGCUAGCCUGAAUCAGGUUUUGGAAGACAAGCUUCCAUCUUUUGAGUGUACAGGAUCUGAUGAAUGUGGAAGGCCCACAGGGCGUAUACUUCUUAACAAUAUCAGUGUGAGCUGGAGAAUGUUCGCUGGUACUGACUGGCAUUCACAUGAAAGGAAUGGUGAGCCCAAUAGAAGCCUUCAAGGAAGGGAUACAACUUCUUAUCUAGAGAUUGUAUUAUCUGGGAUGCAAUUUGUUUAUGACUUUUUCCCAGUUGGCGGAAUAUAUGCUUCUAAGCUUUCUCUUUCAGUUCAGGAUUUUUACCUUUGUGACAGGAGCAAAUCUGCACCUUGGACACGGGUACUAGGAUAUUAUCGUUCAAAAGGCCGCCCUAGAGAGUCCUCUUCAAAAGCCUUUAAGCUGGAGUUGGAAGCUGUCAGACCAGAUCCUCUAACCCCUCUUGAGGAGUACCGAUUGCAUGUAGCCUUACUUCCUAUGCUAUUGCAACUUCACCAGAGCCAACUUGAUUUUCUCAUUGCCUUUUUUGGAGCAAAAAGCUCAUUGGCUGACCAGUCUGCGGAUCAUAAUCAAAAUUCAGGUGGUGCAAAACCAUCUGCUGCAAAGAAUCUUGCAGGACAUAGAAUUGCAGUUGAGGCAUUGCUCCCCUAUUUUCAGAAGUUUGAUGUGCGGCCUACUGUUCUUCGGGUUGACUACAGUCCUCACCGUGUUGAUCUAGCAGCACUGGGCGGCGGGAAGUAUGUGGAACUUGUAAAUCUUGUCCCUUGGAAGCAAUUUUUGAUGCAGGGGGUUGAGCUGGAGCUCAAACAUGUUCAGGCUGCUGGUGUUUAUGGCUGGGGCAACGUAUGUGAAACAAUUCUAGGGGAAUGGUUGGAGGAUAUUUCUCAAAAUCAGAUACAUAAAGUUUUGCAAGGCAUUCCUACUGUACGGUCCUUGGUUGCUGUGGGUACUGGCGCUGCGAAACUUGUUUCUUUGCCAGUUGAGAGCUAUAGGAAGGAUCGGAGAGUGCUCAAAGGAAUGCAGAGAGGUACAAUUGCAUUUCUUAGAAGUAUAUCACUUGAAGCAGUUGGACUUGGGGUGCAUUUGGCAGCAGGGGCUCAUGACAUUUUGCUCCAAGCAGAAUGUAUUCUUGCAACAAAGAUUCCUUCUCCUGUAUCAUGGUCUGUAAAAGGCAAGACAAAACAAAAUAUAAGGUGUAAUCAGCCAAAAAAUGCCCAACAAGGAAUUCAACAGGCAUAUGAGAGCCUCAGCGAUGGCCUAGGGAGGUCUGCUUCUGCUUUAGUUCAGACACCAUUGAAAAAAUACCAGCGUGGAGCCAGUGCAGGAUCUGCCUUGGCAACUGCUGUACGGAGCGUUCCUGUUGCUGCUAUAGCUCCAGUUUCUGCUUGUGCAAGUGCAGCACAUUAUACUCUCCUUGGUCUUAGAAACAGCCUUGACCCUGAGCACAAGAAGGAGUCCAUGGAUAAGUAUCUAGGCCCCACUCAGCCACAUGAUUCAGAUUGACUUAUUUAUUGGGCAGCAGCAUAACCCAACUGAUGAUGCAUCCUUCCUGUCCUCUCCAAAAUUCUCUGUUAGUCUUGGUGUCAUGCAUCCAGUGGAUAGAACCACGAAAAGAUUCUUUCUUGCUAAUUUGUACAUACUGUAAAUAUUGAUGGUUGCUUAUAAGAUCUUAGCAGUAGUGGGAGUUAAUUGUAAAUUAUAGUUAUCCAGAUUGGUUGCUAGGUCAUAGAAGAUAACCCUUGAUUCUUUUAUAGGCUUUAUCACAAUGUAUGUUGUUUAUAUAUAUAUAUUCAUUGUACAUAAUCAAGAAAGAUCAAGUUUUGACCACUUCUAUUUGAUUACUGGUAGUUCUUUAUUUGAUGCAACAUUCUGAAACUUAAAAUGAAUGUAACGCCAAGUUUUGUUUGUUCA